AUGUUUCAGUUUGGCUUCAACAUGUUUCACGAGAUCAGUAGGCCCUUUAGCAUGACCUACAAGUGUUACUCAGUUUCAAUGCUACCUGGGAAUGAGCGGCAAGAUGUAGAAAGAGGAGGAAAAAUUAUAAUGCCACCAUCAGCCCUGGAACAGUUAACUAGGCUAAAUAUAGAAUACCCUAUGAUUUUCAAGCUGACAAAUAAAAAAACCAAAAGAAUCACACACUGCGGUGUGUUGGAGUUUGUGGCUGAUGAAGGAAGAGUCUACUUACCACAUUGGAUGAUGGCCAACUUAGUUUUAGAGGAAGGAACAUUAUUACAAGUAGAGAGUGUAUCACUUCCUGUUGCUACAUUCUCAAAGUUCCAGCCUUUAUCUGAAGACUUUCUUGAUAUUACUAACCCUAAAGCAGUAUUGGAAAACUGUCUGCGCAACUUUUCGUGCUUAACCACUGGCGAUGUCAUUGCUAUUAAGUAUAACUCUAAGGUGUAUGAGUUGUGUGUGUUAGAGACUAAACCAGGGAAUGCAGUCAUCAUAAUAGAGUGUGAUAUGAACGUGGAAUUCGCACCUCCAGUAGGCUACAAAGAGGAUGAACACAUUCGUCGUUCGGGAGCAGAUGGUGCUGGGGUCGGCAUGGACGAAGAUCCGUCUACCAUGAUGCCCGAACCGGCUGGUUUCAUCGCGUUUAGUGGAGCAGGGAACCGACUAGACGGGAAGAAAAAGAAGUUGAUCAGUGAGAGUGAAAGUGAGCCCAGCGCUUCACAGUCCAGACAGGCAUACGUCCGAGGUAUCCCUGACUACGACUACGUAAUAGGAACUCUCAGGUUCAUCAGAAACUCUCGUCCAGCCAGUGCGAAGGAGGACACGACUUCCGAAGUACCCUUUGAAGCUUUCAAAGGUGAAGGAUUUACUCUACGACCAGCCAAAUCCAAGAACUGA